AUGCUAAGUUCCUUUUUUCAUCAUUUCGCUUUAGGCUUUGCUGGAACACCUGGAUAUCUUUCACCUGAAGUACUCCGCAAAGAACCAUAUGGAAAGCCUGUGGAUAUGUGGGCAUGUGGUGUCAUACUUUACAUUCUCCUAGUAGGUUAUCCACCUUUUUGGGAUGAGGAUCAAAACCGGCUUUACACUCACAUUAAAGCAGGCGCCUAUGAUUUUCCAUCUCCUGAAUGGGAUACUGUAACUCCUGAGGUAAAAACGCUGAUUACAUCCAUGCUUACGGUAAACCCUGGAAAAAGAAUAACUGCAGCCGAAGCUCUUCGGCAGCCGUGGAUAUGUCAAAGAGAUCGUGUUGCUUCUAUGGUACAUCGGCAAGAAACUGUGGAAUGCUUGAAAAAAUUCAAUGCUAGACGUAAACUUAAGGUAAACACUUAG